UGUCCCCAUAGCACACUAUGCUGCCAGGGCUUCCUAUUUAAGGCCAGCCCUGAUGCCUUGCAGGUGCUGCCUGUGUCAAGGAGGACCAUGGAACCUCCUUGAUGUGGUGUGGGGGAACAGCAGCUGCCAGCCCUGGAAUUUGGAGGGCAGCCUUGCUCCAGCAGGCUGGCAACCAGCAGAAGGGUCUUCUUGAAUGGAUUAAUCAGCCUUAAAAAGGUCUUCUUCCAGGCCAUAGACUGAGGGAAAGAGGAUGGACUGAAAGCAUCCCCAAGUACUUCUCUGUGGCUGAGCUGAGGUUUGUACCCAGCUCAUUGAGGAUAAUUAGAUGAUCAUCAUCAGAUGGGGAAGCUCAGCACUUGCUUUCUGCAACAUCCCUCCAAGAGAUAAGCAUAUUAUUCUUGUUUUUCACCAGCCUGAGCCAGCAAUUGUCUGUGUGAACUGUGGUGCUGUCCCUGUAUAAUUAAGGCUGUCAUUCAGACUUGUACACCUAAACACUACAAACUCCACAGCUUAGGAGGAUUGAUCACAGGACUUUAGCGAUAGUCAGAGCAGCUCUUUGUGGACUCCUUCUUUUGUCAGUGGAACAAACUGUGGGGCGUGAGAAUGGAACAUCCUUGGGAUGGUGGUGAAGUACUUCCAGUCCUCACUGGAUACACAGCUGUGAUGCCAGGUCCUGUGCAGGCAGUGGGAUGAGCUGCACUGAUCCUGAUCAAUGUGCAUGUGGGUCUUGUGGGUCAGCAGACAGAGCGUGGGGGGUAUCCAUGCUGUGAGGACAGAGGCACGGCAUUGAGAAAUCCAGGAUGCGCGUGAAGACAAGCAUGAAUGCCAUAGCUGUAGUCAGAAGACUCUUCCUUGUCCUUUUCCAGAGCAAAAAGCUGCUGUUUUUGCUGUGUAUGGGUCUGUGCAUGAAGAGCCUGUACUAUGUGACGAACACACUUGGCAAGCAUAUUGAAAAUGGAGCCCUUUACGUGGUCUUUGGAGGGGACAUGUUCAUGGACAGCAAUGGUCAGGAGCUGGGAGACAGGACAACACGGAGGCACGUUGGUACUUGCCGGAGACGCUUCAUUUGGAGAAAGCCUUUUCUUGGAAGGUUUGAAUCUCACUGGGAGCCUUUCCUCACCAGCAAAUCCAUAUACUCACUCUUGGACAGGCCUUUUAAACAGGAGCUUGAAGAAGUUCUGUGGUACCAUAAACUUCCUUUUGGGCUGCAGAGCUCAGUUCUCUCUGCUUUUAGCACAUUGCAGCUUCUUCCAGAGCAGGAUUUGCCUGGAUCCUUUGGCCGCUUAUGGUGCCAAAGGUGCAUUGUGGUCGGCAAUGGCUACUCUAUCCAUGGCCAGCACUUUGGGAAAAUGAUUGACUCUCACCAUGUUAUCAUAAGAUUAAAUGAUGCUCCAGUAAAAGAGUACAAGAAGGAUGUGGGAGAAAGAACCAGCAUUCGUCUCUUCUUCCCUGAAUCAGCCCUGCCUAACCCUCUGGAAAACAAUGACAACGAUACACUGAUGGUGUUUGUCCCAUUCAAGCCUCUGGAUUUCUUAUGGCUGAGGGAAGUAUUACUGAAAACAAAGAACAAGACAAAGGAGGGAUUUUGGCGCCAGCCUCCCCAGGAGUGGAACUGGAACGUCUCUCAGCUACGUAUUCUCAAUCCAUAUGUCACUUAUCAGGCAACGUACAAACUGCUGCAGCUGAAUGAAUCAAGUGGGAGAUAUGCCACCACGGGAAUCAUUGCUUUGAACUUAGCCCUCCAUCUGUGCCAAGAGGUCAACAUUGCAGGCUUUGGUUACCCUGGCAACCAUGACACCACUACGCCAAUACAUUAUUACAAUACUGGUCUCUCACGGAGAAAAAAAAACGAGCUCUUUCAGCAUAAUAUCACAGCUGAGAGGAACUGGCUGCUGAAAAUGAUUGAGUGGGGAGUGAUUGCUGACUUAACCAGCCAUGCCUUCCAGGCCCAGAACCACUGAGAGAAGGCCGUGCUGCUUGCUGUCCCCAUCCAGACACCCCAGUUGGGCUUUGCCCUUGUUCCAGAUUGUUUUGAGCAUGUCAUAGUGCAUCCUUGCCCAAGUGGAAUGGGAGGUCAAACCCUGAGAUUCAGAGCACCUUCCUCGUUCUGUGUUGGCCUCUGGCUUCCACCACUGCCUGCUGCAGUGGAGGGUUGGGAGUGUUGCACAACACUUCUUCCUUGGGUAAUCUCCUCCUGGUUUGUAAUCAGCUAUCUUGUACUCACUGUGCUAUUUAUGAAAAGCACCAGGCUGAGAUGCCAAGCUGGUCUGCUGGCCCUGAGAAACUCAGGGAUGAAGGUGCAGGGUUUACCCUGAGAUUUCAAACACCUUCAUACACAAAUUGGGGCAAAAGAAAGUUAUACCCAUCACUAUGGAAAAGGACUAGGUUAAAAACACAGAAUUCUAGUGUCUUGCUAAUGGAAAAUGUUAAUGUCAGCAGUAAACACCAAAAAAUUGUUUAUUUUAUUGUUCUGUUUGAGAAUAAAUGUACUGCUGUUUUCAAGGAGUUGGCACUGUCUUCUGUGAGGGGGAUUCCUCAUGGGGACAGGUGAGAGUUAGAUGAUCUGAGAUCAUAUGGUUCAUGGACCCACGUAGCGCCCUUUAUUUUCCUCUCAGCACGCUGCUCUGAGCUUUGCGUGCUUCUUGCUCUUUGUUCAGAGAAUAGAGCCACCCUUCCGAGUCUGCUUUGUGUGCUGAAGAUCUUCCACAUUUAAGAAACCUCAUUAAAAGCUCCACCUAUCUGUGGCUGCCUCGUGUCUGCAUUCUACCCCUGUGGCCACAUCUUCUCG